AUGCACAAAAUUGCGCCUCCACACGGCCCAUUAAAAAGCUAUGAGGUGCCGUCGCGCAAGCAACUUUUCGCCCGACAUCUGUUGCGCCGCAAGGACGUUCGCUCGAAAAAAAAAAUAGACUACGUGACGCAGCUCGAUGCCGCUGGAGCGAAUGAGGAGGCCAAGAACUAUUUCAAACAUCUUUUCUCUAAUCCUUUUCUGCGCCCGCGCAAGUGUGCGCUCUCUGAGACAUGUGCGCCGGUGUGGGACAGCGGAAGUGGGGCUAUCGGUUUCGGCACGAUAUCGGUAUUAAUUAAACGCUAUCUCGACGUUCCACCCUCGCUCGCGGCUGAUAUAGUGGAUCGGGAUUCUCAAAUUAAAAUCGAUCUUCGAAUGUUCGGUGUA